AUUAUCAGCGGCCUCUCUAUUCUGUGUCGCAUCUCAGCUAGCUUCACCAGGUGAGCUUCUAAUUCCGUCAUCAAAAUAUUCAAAUCCAUGAUAACAAUCGUGCAAAUAUUGAUCAUUACUUUGUUCUUCAUUCGAUCUGUCAAUAAAUAUUGCUACUUGAUCUGUUUGGAUGCCGAGAAAAAUAAGAAGUUAUUGUUUCAUAAUCGGAUUCAUAGGCUUUUGAACUAUAUUGGGAUACAAGGAAAGACUAGCAUGCAGGCAUCAAGGGCAAGGCUUUUCAAGGAAUACAAAGAGGUGCAGCGAGAGAAAGCAGCAGAUCCUGAUAUUCAAUUAGUUUGCGAUGAUUCUAACAUCUUCAAGUGGACUGCUCUUAUCAAGGGACCAACAGAGACACCUUAUGAGGGUGGAGUUUUCCAACUUGCCUUCUCUGUUCCGGAGCAGUAUCCUUUGCAACCUCCUCAAGUGCGGUUCUUGACAAAAAUAUUUCAUCCCAAUGUGCAUUUUAAGACAGGAGAGAUAUGUCUUGAUAUCUUGAAGAAUGCAUGGAGCCCAGCAUGGACGCUUCAGUCUGUUUGCAGGGCUAUAAUUGCGUUGAUGGCCCACCCUGAACCUGAUAGCCCUUUAAACUGUGAUUCAGGCAACCUUCUGCGUUCUGGUGAUAUCAGAGGUUAUCAAUCCAUGGCAAGAAUGUAUACUAGACUCGCAGCCUCACCAAAGAAAGGGUGAAUUUGUGCAGCUAUCAAUAUUCAACCGUCACCAUACAUGCGAUAAAUGCCAGAGUAAUUUUUCUAAGCUGUUGAAGAUGAAACUUAUUGUUGUAUGUUCAAACCCUUCAAACUUGACUACGAAAAUCAUUUCAACAACCUUGUUGGGCGGUAUCUCUCUCUCUCUCUCUCUCUCUCUCUCGGGUAAAAGUCCUUGGAAAAUAUUGCAACAUAAAACAGAUUGAUACAAUUGAUAACAUUAUUGCUUGAGGAA